UGUACAAAUAUCUCAAAUCAUCGACUCCCAUUACACUAAUGCCAAUAGUGCGUAGCAUUCCCCCACAGACAAUUCCAUUUUUGACCUUUUCUGCCUUUAUUAUUAUUUUUUUCUUAAAAAAGAUUCUCCCAUUUCCCUAAUCUUCAUUUUCAUAGGGAAAGUUCCUUUGUCCUGCUGGUUCACCACAUAUUCCACCUCUCAAUUAGAGUUCACAAUUGACAAUUAUGUUUUCCCCACCUUAAGAAAGAAAGUAAUCAAACAGCCUCACUGUCACGAGACUUCACCAAUGUAACCUCUCUUUUGAUCUCUCUCUCUCUCUCUCUCUCCUCCCUCGCUCUCUGCCUGCCCUUUUACCUCUCUCUUUUUGCAUGUACUUCCUUGAUUCGACCUUGAAAAUUUAUCCUUUCCAUUCUUUAAAAGUUCCUAGGCAAAUUCGCCUAUCUGGGUAUCCUUUCUUUUUUCUCCCCUGUUAUGAUUUCUUCUCUAAUUAGGCAAGUCUGAUCCAAAUCUCUAGUGCCAUUGUUGUAUCAUAACUCCUGCUAUUUAUUAAUUUUUCUUUGAUCAUGUCCUCUUGAGCUCUACUGAAUUUCAAAGGAGAAAGAAUUACUCAGUAAACAAACAGAGACUUGUACUUGUGCUUUUAAAGAAGUGUUCCAAAGCUGAAAGCAUACCCGUCUGGGUAAAUCGACAACAAACUGACAUGUUUGUCAGAGAUUAGCAGAAACAGAAUUAAUAAGCUGAGAAAGACAAAAUGAGAGUGCAGCAGACGCUACAGAGGUCUUUGCAAUAUGGAUCAGGGUUUUAUUCUCAUUUCAUCGACAAGAUCUCGCCUUCACUGAAGCUACCUUCCAGAAUUUCCAUCUUCCUCUUCCUUCUCAUCUGCCUCGCCAGCGCUUUCCUCACCACGCGAUUCCUCGACUCAUCAUCUGCCUUUACUGGCAGCUCUGCUCAAAAGCCGCUAAUAACUACAAAAUCAGCUCCUACAAACCCCACGCUGAUCUCCAAGAACGCCCUAAACAAAAUAAAUAUUCCACUGAAUUGCGCUGCUUUCAACCUCACAAGAACAUGUCCCUCAAAUUACCCUACCACAUUUACAGAAAAUCCGGACCGUCCAUCGGUUUCAGCUUGUCCAGAAUACUACCGUUGGAUCUAUGAAGACUUACGUCCAUGGGCCCGGACGGGGAUAUCGAGGGAUAUGGUAGAGAGAGCCAAAACUACAGCGAAUUUUAGGUUGGUGAUUGUUAAUGGGAAAGCUUACGUAGAGAAGUACAGAAGAGCGUUUCAAACAAGAGAUGUUUUUACGCUGUGGGGGAUCCUACAGCUGUUGAGGAGAUACCCAGGAAAAGUCCCUGAUUUGGAGUUGAUGUUUGAUUGCGUUGACUGGCCGGUUAUUAAAUCAAGUAACUACAGCGGGCCCAAUGCAAUGGCCCCGCCACCUUUGUUUCGGUACUGUGGAGAUGAUGAUACACUUGAUGUCGUUUUUCCUGAUUGGUCAUUUUGGGGAUGGUCAGAGAUUAACAUAAAGCCAUGGGAGAGGUUGUUGCGCGAGUUAAAAGAAGGGAAUGAGAAGAGAAGAUGGAUGGAAAGAGAACCUUAUGCUUAUUGGAAAGGAAAUCCAGCAGUUGCUGAGACAAGACAGGACCUUAUGAAAUGUAAUGUUUCUGAACAGCAAGACUGGAAUGCUCGUGUGUAUGCCCAGGACUGGAUUAAAGAAUUGCAGCAAGGGUAUAAACAAUCAAACUUGGCAAGCCAAUGCAUGCACAGGUAUAAGAUAUAUAUAGAAGGGUCUGCAUGGUCUGUCAGCGAAAAAUACAUCCUUGCUUGUGAUUCUGUUACAUUGCUUGUAAAGCCCCAUUACUAUGAUUUCUUCACCAGAAGUUUGAGGCCAAUUCACCACUACUGGCCUAUAAAGGAUUAUGAUAAGUGCAGAUCCAUUAAGUUUGCUGUUGAUUGGGGUAACAAUCACAAGCAAAAGGCACAGGCCAUUGGAAAGGCAGCAAGCGAGUUCAUACAAGAGGAGUUGAAGAUGGAUUAUGUGUAUGAUUACAUGUUUCAUCUCUUAAAUGAGUAUGCCAAGCUCUUGACAUUCAAGCCUGUUAUACCUAGAAAAGCUGUUGAACUUUGUUCAGAAUCGAUGGCUUGUCCAGCAAAUGGAAUAGAGAAGGAAUUCAUGAUGGAAUCUAUGGUGCAGGGUCCUGCAGAGACAAAUCCAUGCAUAAUGCUUCCUCCUUAUGAUCCUUCAGCUCUCCAUUCUAUUUUUAGGAGAAAAGAGAAUUCAAUAAGACAAGUAGAGUUAUGGGAGAAGAUGUACUGGGACAAGCAAAAGAAGCAAUCUUAGGUAGGAAUUAAUAGAUACAUACCAACUAUUCAAUUAUAGAUUAGAACUUUAAUAAAACAAGUGGGGUAAUGGCUGUAGACUGCUGUUGUAUAAAAAGUUAGUGUUUGUAAAGGAAUUUGUAUUAUUUUUAUUUUUUCUUUUUUAUAAAAAUUUUAUAUGAUCCAUCCUGUAA